AAACAUAAAAUAGUCUUGAUUUCCUGUAGAAUUUUGAAUUCUUGAUUUUUUUUAUCGAAUUGGGUUAGGAGCUUUCUAUUUCAGCAUGCUUAAACGGGUUUCAUACACACUUGCGUUAUUAGGGAGCAACCACAGAUACGGAAGUGGUGUGCUGCAGACCAUCCCGUUGAUUCAAUGUAACAGCUAUUACACCUUGAGUCGAGCAUCCUACGCCAGUACUCAGACACCGGCAGAUAAUAGUACUGUCGCGGCACCCUCUCCGCCAUCUCUAUUUCCGACUGGAGGGGCAGCUAGUGAUAAUAGCGAGUCAAAUGAAACCGCUUUGGAUGUAGCGAUGAGCGUUAACAACAUGAAAAAGCAACAUCAAAGCGGCGGUGCCGGUGUUGACAAAAAACAAAUUGAGGCGGAUGCCUGGACUGCACUUAACGCACUGACAGAAGAGCAAGUUAACACUGCCGAGGGCAAAGCAGUCGCGUUGCUGCUUAACUCUUGGGCGUACUUUGCUAAGUACUGGGAGAAUGGGAAAGACGGCCCGGGUAAGGGCACUAAAAGUGACUAGAGGGUGAUAUAAGAGCAGAUAUAGAUAAUACAGAAGUACGGUGGGGAGAGGUUCAUCGAAGCGAAUGAUGAGCCUGGUAGAAGAGCGUUUUUAUUUUAUCUCCUCUCUAUACCCCCCUUUCAGAAUUUUUUUUGCUCAGCCAUCUUCAGGCUUGGGACUAUGGCGGUAUAAUAAAGAUCAGGGAUUGACGAGAAAUACGUUCUACCUCUUUUAAGCGUCUUCUGGCACUUACUUCUCUU